AAAAUCCUCGGGUCCUUUUCGUCUAGCACAUCUGACGCGUCAAUAAAAACAUUUAUUAGUGUGUGUGCAAGCAGCACUUACCGCUUACAUUUUCUAAAUGUCCAACACAGACGGUUAAUAUAGCGCGAGUAGUACAAUAUUUAAUAGUCAUUAAUAGACAUAAAUGCUGCGUGUACACUCGAGCUAAUAGCGAGCAUCAUCCUUAUUGAAGAUGCCGAUGUUCGUACACAGCUAACGUUAGUGCAUGGCACACGGGCACUACUUUCCUGUCUGUAAAUACAUUAAUUAUAAUCAUAUUGUCUAACAGGUCAUUAGGGAGAUUUACUUAUUGUUGUUGUUGUACGACGCUAUAUGUAAUAUCCGAGGAAGGAGAGUCUCGUCAUCAGUCGAGAGAAGAAGGGGUAACUUAAGUUAGCUAGAGUCACGUAAUCGUUAGGGCCGUUGGUCGCCGGUAGAGUGGAUCGGGACGCAGGAUCGCGCGGUACGGGGAGCGGAGCGGUGUCCGUGUCCAUACCAAGACUGCUUGACGAUAGCAUGGCCACCGGCAAGGGGGAGAGCAAAGCGUCUCUUUUGCAGAACGAGCGGAUCCGAUUCAUCGUGUGUUUCUUUGGCGUGUUCGUGUGCUACUUUUACUAUGGAAUACUGCAGGAGACAAUCACGCGAGGAGACUACAGUCACGCAGGGAAGAAGGAGAAGUUUCGUUAUGCCACCACACUCGUCUUCAUCCAGUGCAUCAUAAAUGCUGCUUUCGCCAAAAUCUUAAUAUUGUUUUUUGAGGGCUCAAGGCAGGACCAUACAAAAAGCUGGCUCUAUGGCUUGUGCUCUCUGUCUUACCUGGGUGCCAUGGUGUCCAGUAACUCUGCACUGCAAUAUGUCAACUACCCCACACAGGUGUUGGGGAAAUCUUGUAAACCAAUCCCAGUAAUGAUUCUAGGUGUCACAAUCCUGAGAAAAAAAUAUACCAUGGCGAAAUAUCUGUGUGUGUUUCUGAUCGUCACUGGCGUCGCCCUCUUCCUUUACAAACCCAAUAAGGGCUCCACCACAUCAGAUGAGCAGACAUUUGGCUUUGGAGAAAUGCUGCUGCUGCUGUCUUUAACUCUGGAUGGGCUGACAGGUGUUUCUCAGGAUCACAUGAGGGUGCGGUACCAGACCGGAGCCAAUCACAUGAUGUUGAAUGUCAACCUCUGGUCCACACUAAUCUUAGGAAUAACUGUGCUGUGGACAGGUGAAGUGUGGGAGUUUUUGACAUUUACUGAACGGUAUCCUGGCAUUGUCUCUAAUAUCCUCCUGUUUGGUUUCACCAGUGCUCUUGGACAGACCUUCAUCUUUAUGACUGUUGUGUAUUUUGGACCGCUCACCUGUUCUAUAAUCACAACAACACGGAAGUUCUUCACCAUCCUGGGUUCUGUGCUGCUGUUCGGUAAUGUCAUCAGCACUAUGCAGUGGUUUGGCACUAUACUUGUGUUCCUAGGUCUUGGACUGGAUGCCAAAUUUGGAAAGACUCCCAAGAAGACAACACAUUAAAGGCCGUCUGCACGAGGACUCCCACAAACGUAGAAAUGUAUUCUCUAAACACUUUACCGCUCUAAUUUCAUCAGUGGUUUACUGCAGAGAUUUCAUUUUUAGCACUCAAAAUAUUGUUGUUAUGCUGAUGUUCUGAACAUUUAAUUAUGGGAUAUAUUUGCCCUUCAUCUCUCAAAAUGGUAUCCAUGGUAACAAAGAGAAAGUGCAGACUACAUUGUGUCUGUGUCUAAUCAUAAUCUGUCAUGCUGAAAUUUUGAAGAAAAUCAAAAUAGAUAAGGGUUGGAUGAAGAUCCUCUAUGAAACAGUAGCUUGAAAAGUGCACACGGCACAGCUUGAUUCUACUUCCUGGAACACUCCCAGCGAGACGACCACUGAAUAUUUAAGUACGCAGAUUCUUUUGACACAUUUAAAUAUACCUCCCAGUCAGAUGAGAAAUAAAACAGGCGGGCUCUGCCUUAACGUUAGUCUUAAUUUAGGCAGCGUAUUCUGUUUAACGUCUGGUUAUUGUCAAUGCAUUCCCCAGGAAGUGUUUGUUUGUGUGUGUGUGUGUGGUGUUUACAUUGUGUAUGAAAUACACAAACAUCAUUUACAGACGGUGGGAGGCUGUUAACUAAAGUUCACAGUCAGACCUGUAUAGAUUUUCUUUGUCAAAACAUGACAUCUGGUAUGAAAAGCCAUGUUUAUAUUCAAAUUCUGAGUAAUGCAGCUCAUGUGUCUUAUUUGCACAAAGAAGCAAAUGUUUAGAAAGUCUAAUUUUUUUUUAAACACCAAAAAUAGAUCUCAUCUUCAUUAUACUGUGUCUUUACGUCAGAAUAAAAAUCAUAUUUUAUAGAUGAAUUGUAGUCUGUCCAUCUAUGCAAGGAUCUACUUGGAAUUCGGUUUUUAAAUGAAAGAGAACUCAAUCAGGUUGCUGGAAGAUGCAGUUGACCAGCUGUCACUGGGGAACGUCUGCCAGAACCUCUCGGAUUUGUGCCAGCGUCAUGUUCUCGCUCUGUUCGGGGACAGAAAAACAAUCAAAUGACAUUAAACACACAACCCUGGACAUGAAAGGUUUUGUAAUGUGACUUUUUUCCAGACAAGUGCAUGAACUUGUUUAAGUAGAUACAGGUGGUACAAUACACAUCAGUGUUGUAGAUGACACCUGUCUCGGGUUCACUUGAAAGGACUAGAGCACUUAAACUGGAUCAAAUGUACCUGACACUCCACAUCUCAUAAUUGUGAUCGCAAUAGAGAACAGUCACUGUUUGCUUAACAGGAACACGGAGGAAAGGUUAAUGUGCAAUUCAAAGCAGAAAAUGAAAUUGCAGGGAAACAAACACGGCCGGAUGUCAAGAAGGCAAUCUGAUUAAAAGAGCCAGCAGAGGAGAACUGGCAGCAAAGCUAAACUAAAUUUCCACACUCUCCAUUUGAUCAAGCUGCCUUCAGGGUGUCAUGACUCAAAUGGAUGAUGAAGAACUUAUUUUUUCUUGUUUUCUGUUAUUUUAAUACUCAUUUUUAAGAUGUUCAAAAUUAGUGGCCAACCGCAAUGAUGUCUUUUGAUGCAGCCAUAAUAUGAAUUUAUUACUGUGGAAUUAUUGACUUGUUAGUCCAUGCAUGCAUGUGGUUUUACAUGCAUGCAAUAAAUGCAGCAAGUAACCAUUUAUAUAUAGGCCUAAACCAAGGACAAAUAUUGCUUUUAAAUUUAAAUACAUAAUAUUUCAGUUAAAUUCUUACUGGGUUGAAAUACUACGUAUAAUAGGCUAUAAUAAUGCAAUACAAGAACAUAAUGCAAUUACUCCAAACAUGUGAAUCAAAUCAUCAUUAAUAAAUUCAGUAAGACAAAUACUAGAAUUAUUUAUUUUGGUUUUCCCAAUUAUGUAGGCUACAAUAAUGACAAAGGUAUUUUUGUUGGAUUAUUAUGGGCCUAACAGGAAUAAGAGCAUCUUGCUAAAUUCUUACAAAAUA